UAAAAUAUCAAUUAAGUGUAGUAAGAAAGCAGAUACAACUAUUUAAACAAAAAACGGGGAAUGUAGUUGUAUCUUUAAGAUCUGAGUGCAUGUGGAAUUAAAUGUCUUUCCUUUCGUAAUUAUCUAUUUAACGCUGACGACAGCGCCGUCUGUGAUCUUUUACUAGUUUUGUUACUCAGUGUAUGGCGGUAAUUUGGUGCUGAUUACCUGGUUACGAUUUCAAAAGAUACACAAUAUCAGUUGGCUGUUACCAUGCCGCCCCCGGAUGAGGACGUUAUGAAGGGCAAGGAGGCCUUACUUCAAACCUACUUGUCUUCUUUGGACCAACAUGCCCAGGAUGCUUCAGUACUUACAGGAAAUACAGAUGAAGAUCAAGACUCAACUGUAACAUACUUUGUGGACGAAGAAGGCAGGUAUUACUACCAGCCAUCGGGAGACAGCGAGAAUCUUGUCUCUAUACCCACUGCAAACGAAAAUGAGGAGAUAGCGGAGGAGACACAACUGCUGGUGGACGGGGAGAACUAUCAAACUGUCACCCUGGUACCGUCGGAAACAGGGUCCGGAGAAGUCAGUUAUGUACUUGUUGUACAAGAUGAGAAUAAACCACUCGUUAACAUUGAUAUAAAGGUUGAUCAGGUGGAGAAAGGUAAUAACGAUGUUUAUAAAUUCGAUGAAGAAGAUGAAGACGCUCCACAGGAGAAUAGUCAAGAGACAACAGCUGAAGCUGCUCUCAAGCCGAAGCAAAGACGCUCCAAAUAUGUUAGACCACAUUUCACAUGCACGUUUUGUAACUAUGUGAGUCACAGGAGGUAUCUCCUCCUCCGCCACAUGAAGUCGCACUCCGACGAAAGGCCACACAAAUGCACGGUGUGCGAGAGGGGCUUCAAGACUGUCACCUCGCUACAGAAUCACAUGAACAUGCACAAUGGUGUGAAACCGCACGUCUGCAAGUACUGCAGUAGUCCCUUCACUACUUCAGGUGAGCUAGUGAGACACGUGCGCUACAGGCACACGCACGAAAAGCCACACCGCUGCACCGAGUGUGACUACGCGUCCGUGGAGCUGUCCAAACUGAGGCGGCAUGUUCGCUGCCACACCGGGGAGCGGCCCUAUCAAUGCCCGAACUGCACGUACGCGUCGCCGGACACGUUCAAGCUGAAGCGUCAUUUGCGCACGCACACGGGCGAGAAGCCUUACAAGUGCGAGCACUGCAACAUGUGCUUCACGCAGUCCAACUCGCUGAAGGCGCACAAGCUGAUACAUAAUGUGGCGGAGAAGCCAGUGUUCGCAUGUGAGCUGUGCCCCGCCAAGUGCGGCCGCAAGACGGACCUGCGCAUCCACGUGCAAAAGCUGCACACAUCCGACAAGCCGCUCAAGUGCAAGCGCUGCGGCAAGACCUUCCCCGACCGCUACUCGUGCAAGAUGCACAACAAGACGCACGAAGGCGAGAAGUGCUACAAGUGCGACCUGUGCCCGUACGCCUCCACCACGCUGCGACACCUCAAGUCGCACAUGCUCAAGCACACGGACGAGAAGCCCUUCGUCUGCGACCAGUGCAACCAGUCGUUUAGGCAGAAACAACUGCUCCGGCGGCACCAGAACCUCUACCACAACCCGAACUACACUCCAAAGCCGCCCAAAGAGAAACAGCACACGUGCCACGAGUGCAAGCGCACAUUCGCGCACAAGGGUAACCUGAUCCGCCACCUGGCGACGCACGACCCGGAGUCUGGGUACCACGAGCAAGCGCUGGCGCUCAAGCUGGGCAGGCAGAAGAAGGUCAAGAUCGUGGACGGACAGGUUGUGGUCCCCGAACAAGGAGAGCAGCGUGGCGAGCACGACAUUGUGAAGCUGGAGUUGUCGAACAGUGACCUUCAGCGGGGUGAGCUGGUGACCAUGGCUGAUGGAGAGGGCCAGCAGUACGUGGUGCUGGAGGUGAUCCAGCUGGAGGACGGCUCGGAGCAGCAGGUGGCCGUGGUUGCUCCGGACUUUAUGGAGGAGCACCAAGAAGAAGAAGUGGAGGAGGAAGAAGAAGAGGAGGAGGAGGACGAGGAAGCGCUGGAGAAGCAGCGCGAAGUGAUAUACCAGGCGCAGAUGAGGCAGAAGAUGCAGCGCGACAUCAAGGUGGAGAGGGAUGUGGAUACUUGCUUCGGGUUUGAUGAGGAGGACGAGGAGGAGAUGGAGCAAGAGCAAGAGGAGGAGCAAGAGAUGGAGCAGGAGGAGGAUCAGGAGAUGGAGCAGGAGGACGAUGACGUCACGUACAACGAGCGGCUUGUGUUGCAGCUCGUGUAAACUGAGUUUACAGCAAAUAUCGUGCGAUAUUAAGUCCUGAAAAUCCAACUCCGCGAGGAACGAAUACGCAUACAUAGUAAUAUAUUAUAUAUUAGUGAAAUGAUUAAUCCAAUUAUUGUGGAACUUAAUUGGUUAUUAUAUGUGGUGAAAUUUAAGGGCCAGUUUCACAACUAGCAGAUAAACUCACUGAUAGUCUAUCUAAUACAAUUUACUAAUAUCCAUAUGAUAACUGUCAUCUUAACUGACAGAUAAGCGGAAUGUCUGUAAGUUGUGAAACUGGCGAAUGUUUAAAAGUAGCAGUAUUGUCGUAAUGAAGGAUUUUGAUGUCUCCCCUACCAAAUACAAGACUAUGUGUUGUGAUAAUCACGAUCUUAAAUAAUUGUAUACGUUUUUGUUUGUGUUGCAAUUAGAAAUCCAUAAUUAAUUAUGUUUAUCUGAGACAGUAUAAUUCAUUUAAAUUAUGAACGUAAUAAUUAUUUCAAGUGUUAUGUGUGUUAUGUUCUAUUUGUGCAUUUAUUGAGGCUUCUAAAGAAUAUGUAUAUACUAUUUAAAUACGCACCCAUUGAGUCCCGAGCGGCCCGAUCGGUCCACGACACAAUAGAUUUUCUAUUGUGUCUGUGAUUCCGGGGGCUGAGUUAUUACAAAAAAAAAAAAUCUUAAAAAUUUUAGAUAACUUACAAAUUUCGAUUAUGGUAUUAUUAUUUGUAUUUUUCAAAUAAUAAGUUAUAAUAUGUAUUUGGAGUGUUUUUAAACAUUUAACACGUCUAUUUUAAUAGUCGAUUUCUCUCAAUACAUUUAUAUACCACAUAAAACGGAAAUCAGAUUUAUUUUAAAAUUGUAUGAUUUAACAAAAAAAAAAAAAGCAUGCAAACAAUAAUUAAAAUUAAGAUAAAGUAUAUAUACAUAUUGUUUGGAAGCCGUCAUAAUCGUUUAUCCCAAUAUAUUUGGGUAUGAUGUAUGUAAAUAACCUGUUAAUUUAAUAGGACUAUUGUAAAGUACAUUAAGUUGUGAAAAAUGUAAAAAUUAACUGCUUUUUUUUGCUUUAACGCGUAGUUAUUACAAUUUAGGUUAUACUUACGGCGAAAUAAUCGACGCUUAAACGUUCACUUGAUGUGAAUGUGUUAUGUUCUGAUGCCAAGUUUACGUGAACUUUAUUCUACUGUUUAUUUUGCGUUAUAUUAUAUAUUAUAAUAUAAUUAUAUAUUUUACAUUUUACACUUCCGUGCAAGAGGUUGGGUUCCACCGUCAGGAAUCAGUCGUUAAGAAUCCUUUCAUUUUUUUUUAUUAUAUAAUCCUAAAACCAUCAUAAAAAUUAUAAAAGUGUUAUUUCGAUGUUUUAGUCAUUUCUAUAUGAAAAUACAUGCAAAAUAGCACUUAGAUAUUAAAUAUUGAAAGUUCUGUGUACUUACUUGUUUCGGUAACAAGUAAAUAGUUUAAAAACAACCAUCAUGUUUUCUGUAUACCACUUAAUAACAGUACCCGUUAAGAAUUUUCGACUCUAGAUAAUGUAAUUCUCAUAAUGUGAAUUUGACCUUAUCAAGUUAUUAUUAAUAUUCAUAGUGUUCUUUCAAUUAUGUAAUUUACUAGUCGUGACAUUUAUAAUAGUAAACUAUUAUAUAGAAAUAUGUAACGGUAAGAUCCAUUUAGAUAAAUGAUGAGUUUAGAUGUUAUAGAAUCCAGUCAUUUCGUAAUUCCGACGUUUAAUACAUAGAUGUAAAUAUUACUUAAAGCGCGUUUUACAUUAAACAUAUAGAAACUUAAUGUGCACUAUUUCUUAUUUAAGUUGAAUUAGCAAAAUUAAGUUAUGCACUUAUUCCAUAUUCAGAUCGCAUAGGUGUAAAAGCAACCGAUUAGUUAGUUUCAUUUACACUUAGUACUUAGGUUUAGAUUCAAACGAGAGAAGUAGCGGUACAAACGGUUAAACGCAUCAUUUUUUGUCCAGCUAAUUCCCCUAUUUUUGAUACAUAAGUUAAUAAUAGUUAAAGUUGAAAUUAUUAUGGAAAUAAUUUUAUAAGUUUAUUUCGAAAUUAUUAUUGUUUUUCUUCUUCAGGUAUCUCUUAAAGAAAUUAUUUAAAUUUAAUUCGAAUAUUUGUUAUUUCACUAUUUCAUAGUUCUCACGUUGGUUUUAUAAUGGAUAAAACCAACUAGCUUACCGCGCUCGACUUCACUCUUUUCAAAAUCAUGAAAAAUUAUUUUAUUAUAUGUAUAUCUAUUAGUAAGAUUGUAUAUAAUAUAAUGUAUGUUAUAUCGAUCACCUAGAUAGUGAACAAUGUGUAUACUGGCUGAAGAAUUGCCAAUUAAGACUUUAUAUGUAUUGGAUUUUAAAUAUGAUUGAUCUAUUAUGUCAAAUAGCAUCUCUUGAUAAAUUAAACGAAAAUUAAUAGAACGUCAAGAAAAGUCGAUUAAUAAACAAAUUAAAAAAAAACAAAUUCAGGGUAAACCCUUCGAAUUAAUUGCUAAUGAGUAUUGUAUGUCUUUAUAUUUAAAUAUAAAAAUUAAAUAUAAAAACAUAACAUUAUUAUGAUUAAUAUUAAAAUAUAAACUUGGUGAUGUAUUCUUUCUCUGAGUUUAAAUAAUGAAUACAAUGCGAAAAGACUUUAUACUGCUAAUUAAGUACUUAAUUUAAUUGAAAAAUUCAUAGUACUGGUCUAGAGACUCUUGAAAUAUAUCACAGUCUUACGAUACGUUUCUGCGACAGACUAUUUUUCGAAAAGGACUCUGUUCUUGUUGUUGUUUAAUGUCUGUAUUAUCGUAGUGAGAGUUCUUAAACUUCCGUAAAGGCACCCAUGUUAAUUGUAUUAAAAAAAAAAUUACACUUACGUAAAUUUUUGUUGUAUAGUUGUAUACUUACUGCGGAGGUGAAGCCCAGAGAGACGUCACCCAUAUUGAUGUGAUUAAAUAAUAAAUAUCAA